AUGAAUCAGACAAGUCAUUCAAUACAACAUGUUCUUCUUUUCUCUUUCUUCCAAGCAACUGCUACUUUCUUUCUCGACUACGAACUCCUUUCCCCCCCCGCCUUUCUUUCCCUUUUUUUUUCUUUCUUUCUUUCUCUCUUUCUUUCUUUCUUUCGAAUCCCCGGCUUUUUGUUCAACGUCUUCUCUACUUACAAUUUGAUCGCAUGUCAUUACCUUUGUUUCCCGCCCCUUCUUUCUCUCCACCAAGUUUGUUUUUUUUUUUUUAUAUAUUCCGUCACUCAACCCCUCUAUCUGUUUUUUUUAUUCCUCCUCCUAACUGUUUUGCUAGCUAGCCAGCCGCCUUACACUCCCAAUUCUGCUCACACAAUCAUCUCCACCUCCCGCCCCCUUCCCUUCGAACGACCUUGCCUGAUAAACUCUUCCCACCGCGUAUUCAUUCUCUUUAAACUUCUUUCUCUCUUAUACCACUUUCUUUCUUUCUUUCUUUCUUUCUUUCUUUCUUUCUUUCUAUCUAUCUAUCUCUAUUCAUUAUCUAUCUUAACCUACUCAUUAUCUAUCUAUCUAUCUAUCUAUCUAUCUAUCUAUCUAUCUAUCUAUCUAUCUAUCUAUCUAUCUAUCUAUCUAUCUAUCUAUCUAUCUAUCUAUCUGUUUUAUCUCUGUUGUACAUUCUAA